GAGCAAUCACUGGCAUAUUGCUGCAAUUCACCCUGUGCCUGACACUGCCCAGAGCACCAUGGCCGAGUCCGGCAACAAUUCUAGGUCUCCAGACCAAAUCUUCACUUCCGCCGAUCGCAUUCGGCAGCUUAAUGAGAUCGACAAGGAUGUCGCUCAAUUGAUUCACUCCGCCGGUCUCGCUAUCCAAGCCCUUACUAACGCCCGAACCACCGACUCACCUGCUGAGAACAACUCCUUAGCCGCCCACAAAACACGCUUCAAAGAGGCCACAUCGCAGUACUUUGCGCUUCUCUCGUCCAUUGAUGUCCGACUGCGACGACAGGUGUACGCCCUCGAGGAGGCCGGGAUUCUCGCGCCGGAGACGGCCGCGACCGCAACGAACCCCCGCACAGGCGAGUUAGCCGGGGCUGGUGCGGCAGCGGCGGCCGCAUCGUCAAACCCGUUGGAUGUGAGCUGGCUCAACAGUCGGAAGGACACGGUCGGGAAAGAUAAGGAGGCAGAGCUGUGGGCUGCGGCAAGGGAGUUUGUCGAGCAGCUCGCUCGGCAUGGGCCAUCGUCGGCAACCGCUAGACAUGAGUUGAAAAUGGAGGGUGGGCAGGAAGACAUUGAGAUGGACUGAUGAACGAUAGUCUGAAUGAGGCGCACGCAUGCUUUUGAGCAGAUGCUAUCGAUUCCUGCAUUCGGGUGUCGACGAUUGGAGGAUCGCAACAACCAUUUGCGUGGACAAUGGUUUGUUAAAAGUACGAGUCUUAUGAUACCCAAGCUUAUUUAUACAAUUGUGUUAAUUCCGCACGACGAAG